UAUUAUGCACUGAUUGAUCGCGACCCCGCGUUAAAAACAAGUACUUAAUUUUCAUGACAACAGCAUGUUUUCACUUAUUUUACAACAAUCCCUCGACCACCUGUCUCAUUGUUUGUCGUUAGUUUUCAAUAUGACACUCAAGAAAUAUUUGGAGGCUUGUGUAUUCUUCCUGUCUCCGUUCGUGGUAGCUCAAUGGAACAUCACAUUUGACCCGCUUCAGUACGUUAACCAACUCAUUGGUACUAAUAAUGGUGGAAAUGUUUUUGCAGGAGCCACGCUUCCAUACGGGAUGGCCAAGGCGGUUGCUGAUGUUAAUGGUCAAAAUACUGCUGGGUUCUCCACGGAUGGUAGCAAUGUGACCGGAUUCUCACAUAUGCAUGAUUCUGGCACGGGCGGAAACCCUUCGCUGGGCAAUUUCCCACUAUUUCCUCAGUACUGCCCUGAUGAUGCCCUUGAUAAUUGCAAAUUUUUGAUCACAGAUCGAGCUACGCCAUAUAUUCUUGACUCUGUUGUGGCUACGCCGGGAUAUUUUGGAUUAAGUCUAGCGAACGGGAUUCAUGCAGAGAUGACAGUUUCAGAACAUGCUGCUCUCUAUCAUUUCAAUUUUCCUGCAGAAUCUUCUUCGAAUGGAACGGCAUUGAGUCCGCUCAUUCUCUUGGACUUGACGGAUUUGGGUGCCAGUAGACAGAAUGCGACCAUUGGUGUGGCCGACAAUGGUCGCAUAAAAGCAAACGGUACAUUUAUUCCAAGUUUUGGAAGUGGUUCAUUUAUGUCAUAUGUCUGUGUUGACUUCUCUGGAGCGAGCAUACUAGACACCGGGAUAUGGGUCAAUAAUAGAGCAGGAACGGAGCCAAAGGAACUAUUCGUUACGAGAGGCAUAAAUCUCUUCUAUAUUCAAGCUGGAGGUUUUAUUCGCUUCAACGCACCGACCAAUGGAACCGUCAGUGCCAGAGUGGGUGUUAGCUUCAUUAGCUCGGAUAAAGCUUGCCAGAAUGCAGAAAAUGAAAUUCCAGAUUGGGAUUUUGCCUGGCUCAAGAAAACAGCUGAGGAUGCAUGGAGGGAGAAAUUGAGUGUCGUAACUGUAGAAGCUGGGAAUGGUAGUGAUACUUCGCUAUUAACCAACUUCUAUAGCGCGAUUUAUAGGACUAUGAUGUCCCCGCAGAACUAUACUGGCGAGAAUCCGUUAUGGAAAAGUAGCGAACCAUACUUUGAUUCGUUUUAUUGGUAAGUCUUUAGUCACUUGGCUGGGCCCAUGGAGAAAUAACAAUCACACAGUAUAUGGGAUGCAUUCAGAUCACAGCUCCCAUUCCUCACAAUAAUUGAUCCAUCCGCCCUGUCAGAGAUGAUCCGCAGUCUCCUCGAUACCUACAAAAACAUUGGCUGGCUGCCAGAUUGUCGCAUGAGUCUCUGUAAAGGCUUCACUCAAGGAGGUUCAAAUGCCGAUAAUGUUAUAUCUGACGCAUAUGCCAAGAAUCUCACCGGUAUAGACUGGCAACUUGCCUACAAAGCAGUUGUUAACGAUGCGGAAAACGAGCCAUCAGAUUGGUCCAAUGAAGGACGUGGUGGUCUCAUGUCCUGGAAAGCGCUAAACUAUAUCCCGUACCUCGAUUACGAUUAUUUAGGUUUUGGUACAAAUUCUAGAAGUAUUUCCAGAACUUUGGAAUAUUCUUAUAACGAUUUCUGUAUCUCAACUCUUGGAAAGGGGUUAGGGAAACCAGACUAUACGAAAUAUCUAAAGCGCGCGACGAAUUGGCAAAACCUGUGGAAGGAAGAUCAGACAUCGUAUAUUAAUGGUGCAGAUACAGGGUUUACGGGAUUCUUCCAGCCCAAAUAUCUGAAUGGGACGUGGGGAUAUCAGGAUCCGAUACUGUGCAGUCCAUUGGAUUCGUUUUGCAGUUUGACGAGUAAUCCGCAGGAGACAUUUGAGGAUAGUAUAUGGGAGUAUCAAUUGUGGGAGCUUCUAUCUUCGUAUAGUAUGUUCUGCUAACAAAUCAAUAGUUUUGUACCGCAUGAUAUUGCGACUCUGAUUGACUUGAUCGGUGGCCCUGAGAAGUUUAUCUCUCGUCUCGAUUUUUUGCAUACAAGUGGUCUAACGGAUAUCGGAAAUGAGCCUUCAUUCCUAACAGUAUUUCUGUACCACGUUCGUCUUCCAACCUCUAUCACCCCACAGCCCCUUCCACUAAUCCAUCACUCCAGUACGCAGGGCGUCCUGCCCUCUCUGCCUCCCGUGCUCACAUGUACAUUCCCGCCUACUUCAACGCCUCCACCAUCGGACUACCCGGCAACGACGACACCGGCGCCAUGGCAUCCUUUACUGCCUUUUCCAUGAUGGGAUUAUUUCCAAACCCUGGACAAAAUGUAUAUCUAAUCAUGCCUCCCUUUUUCGAAUCCGUCAGUUUUACAAAUGAAAAUAGAAAGAAAAGUACGAUUAGGAAUUUGGGAUGGGAUGGUGGUGUAAAGAAUAUUUUUGUGCAGAGCGCGAAGGUGAAUGGUGUGGUGUGGAAUAAGAGUUGGAUGUGAGUUUUCUUUUGAUACCUACUGUGAAUGAGUGGAUAAUGGGCUAAUUUGUUGUUAACGUAGUGGACAUGAAUUCUUCACCGAGGGACAGACGUUAGAGUUGGUUUUGGGUGAUACGGAGAGUGAUUGGGGGACUAAAGAGGAGGAUUUACCUCCUAGUAUGAGCAUUGGUAAUAUGAAGUUCUAGUUGAGAAUCUAGGUGUCGUCCCUCGCAGGGUAUUCGACAAUCCAGCAUAGCAGACCACUUGAGGUUUUCGAUGUCUGAAAGGGCUUAGAUAUUUAAAUAUGAGUUACUGCUUCGAGUAAUCUGAAGUCCUAAUUAGAUUCAAUAUUUCAAAAGCUU